AACAGGAACCUACUAAUUAAAGCUUAAAAAUAAUAUUUGUUUAACAAGAUGGAAGCAUACAUGACGCAAAUUAAGUGUGCCACCUAUUACCCGGAGGUUGUGCAAAAUGUAAGCUGUCAUUUAAAUCGCACAUCCAAGGGUUCUGGAUCGUCUUCAUACUCUGCAGAGUUCGCCUUGUCCGAAGAUGUUAGUGACGUCAAAGGCAAUUACGUAUUUUCCCUAAAACGAGGCUCACACAUAACCAACUACACUGCAUUAGAGUUGGACUAUUGUCAGGUCCUGGAUUCCUUACAAUCACAAUAUUUACUUAAGAUGAUUGCCGAUGAGCUGCGGCGAGUUUCUAAUUUUCCACUGCAAUGUCCGUUUAAAAAAAACAAGAGGUUUUACAUAGAUCAUUACACGAUCAACUCGAAGCUGAUUCCCAGCUAUGCGCCAGAGUUGGUUUUUAUAUCGGAUUGCAAUAUCUUCGUUAAAAAACGCAGAGCCCUGCAAUUAACUAUCCAUGGUCGUGUAGUUCGUAGCCGAUCGGGUCGUUAG